AUGGCCCGAGACCAACCACUGUUCGGCCAGUAUGCAAGACUUGACAAAGUAUUCACAACAGCGUCGUGGUAUGACGUUGAUGUGGAGGGAACUCACACUAAGACGAAAACUGCUCGUUGCCGAGCACUGCUUCUCCCACCCCAAGCCUCCUCCGCUCCUCUUGGAUUGGACCAUAGCGUCUUGCUCCACCGACAGUCCCUGCAAGUUCGCCUUAUCUCCACAGUUUAUUUCGCGCUUCCGUCGUCAAGAGCAUCACGUUGCAUUGCAACACCAGCCAAGCCCGAGAUGCUGGGAAAAACUGUCAUCUUAGUCUACUCCACGUCGACUUGGUGUGUUGAGGAUCAUCACUUAAAGAUGGCACCACGCAUCAAGGAAACCGAGGGCGGUGUCCCUACCUACUGGGGCCAAUCCGGCCGGAUGCUCCAGGUCCUUGUCACUAUUGUUGCGACUACAGAUUUCCUGCUCUUUGGAUACGACCAAGGUGUCAUGAGUGGUAUCAUUUCCGCCGACGCAUUCACCACCGCUUUUCCUGAAGUCAAAGAUGACAGCACUUACGAAGGUUUCGUGGUUUCCAUCUACGCUGUUGGUUGUUUCCUUGGAGCCUGCUUUAUCUUCAUUGCUGGUGACAAGCUUGGACGUCGAAGAUCCAUUUUCCUUGGAGCUACAGUCAUGAUAAUCGGUGUCAUUCUUCAAAUCGCCAUCAAGCCCGUCGGUUCCGGCGCAACAGCCCAAUUCAUCAUUGGACGAUGCAUCACCGGUAUCGGCAAUGGUAUCAAUACAUCCACCAUCCCCACCUACCAGGCCGAAUGUUGCAAAGCGAAGAAUCGCGGCAAGGUCAUUUGCAUUGAAGGCAGUAUGGUUGCUAUCGGUACCCUCAUCGCGUAUUGGAUCGAUUACGGUUGCUUGUACGGACCGGAUGACUUCUCGUGGAGGUUCCCGAUCGCUUUCCAGGUUGUCUUCGCCAUCAUCGUGAUCGGAAUGAUGAUCAGCCUGCCAGAAUCUCCUCGAUGGCUUCUCACUCAUCACCGUGAGGAAGAAGCGGCUACUGUGCUUGCUGGUCUCAACGGUCUACCUCGCGACGAUCCAGAGGUGCUUAUCCAGAUGGGCGUCAUUAGAGAUGCUGUCAGCGCUUCCGGCGGUGGUGGCAAGGUCCCCAGCAAGGCUCUUCUCACCAAUGGAAAGACUCAGCAUUUCCGCCGCGCGAUCUUGGGUGCCUCAUCGCAGAUGAUGCAACAGCUGUCUGGUUGCAACGCUGUCAUUUACUACUUCCCUAUCCUGUGCCAGGAUGUGCUUGGCACCGACCACAACCUUGCCCUUCUCUUGGGAGGAGUCAACAUGAUUGUCUACGCCAUCUUCGCUACCACUUCAUGGUUCCUCAUCGAGCGUGUAGGUCGUCGCAAGCUCUUCAUUGUCGGGACGAUUGGGCAGUGCCUCUCCAUGGUUCUGACAUUUGCAUGCCUGAUUCCGGACACUGAACAAGCUGCCAAGGGUGCGGCCGUCGGCCUCUUCACAUACAUUGCCUUUUUCGGCGCUACCUGGCUUCCGCUGCCUUGGCUGUACCCUGCUGAGGUUAACCCUCUCAAGACCCGCCAGAAGGCCAACGCUUUCUCAACCAUCAACAACUGGCUCUGGAAUUUCUUCAUUGUUAUGAUCACCCCUGUCCUCAUCACCGGUAUUGGCUGGGGCACCUACCUUCUUUUCGCGGCCCUAAACGCCUGCUUUAUCCCCAUCAUCUAUUUCUUCUACCCUGAGACCUCUGGUCGCUCUCUUGAGGAGAUUGACCUCAUCUUUGCCAAGGGUUACAUUGAGAAGAUGUCGUACGUCCACGCAGCCAAGCAGCUUCCAGCCAUGAACGAGGCGGACAUCGCCCGCGCUGUACGUGAGUACAACCUCGCGGAUAGUGACGUGGAGAACCGAUCUACCGAUGGCUCGCUCAAGGAGAAGCGCGAGCAGGAUGAAGGACUCAUGCCUCAGGUCGGUGCACAAGCUUAG